UUCCAGGACUAGGUUUCAAUGAUGAAAAUUUAUUGCACGGGUUUACUUUUUGCUUAGAAUUGAUUUGGUCGUAGAUAGGAUACACUAUUAGUAUGGGUGACGGUUCGCAGAGGAUCGCGCGAUGGUAUUUUGGGGGACUAGCUUCCUGCGGCGCAGCCUGCAUCACCCACCCUCUGGACACGCUCAAGGUGCAGCUACAGACACAGCAAGAAUCCAAACUAAAGGGCAGUCAGAUCGCAAUUCGCAUCAUCAAAAAUCAGGGAUUCAUGGCUUUGUAUAACGGCCUCUCAGCUUCACUAUUGCGUCAAGUCACGUACUCAACCACGAGAUUUGGCAUCUACGAGGUGAUGAAGCAACGAAUGGGCAACUCAGGAGGAGACGUGCCUUUCUACAAGCGCGUGGCUAUUGCUGCCGCGGCGGGCGCGUGUGGAGGUUUCGUCGGCACACCCGGCGACAUGGUCAAUGUCAGGAUGCAGAACGAUGUCAAAUUACCUCUUGAACAACGGAGGAACUACAAGCACGCGAUAGACGGGCUAAUGCGCGUGUCGCGCGAGGAGGGCGUGAAGCAGCUGUUUAGAGGCGCGUCCUCGGCCACGGUGCGCGCGGUGCUCAUGACGGUCGGCCAACUCUCCUUCUACGACCAAAUCAAGGCGACGCUCCUCAGCUCGGGUUACUUCCACGACAACCUCGUGUGUCACUUCGCGUCCUCUUUGUGUGCCGGCGCCAUUGCGACGACGAUGACGCAGCCACUCGAUGUCAUCAAGACGCGCGCGAUGAACGCAGCCCCCGGCGAGUACAGAAACUUGUGGCACAUUAUUACCUACACAGCCAAGACGGGCCCACUCGGCUUCUUCAAGGGUUACGUACCGGCAUUCGUGCGGUUGGGCCCUCACACAAUCUUCACGUUCAUUUUCUUCGAGCAGCUGAGGAAAAACUUCGGUUUCUUCAAACCUACCAACCAAUAAUUAGGGCACAAAAGCAAGGUUUGAACCAUUUUACUACCUACGUUUCUGUUUAUCUACAUUUUCUUAUGACAAGCAUACCUGUUUCAUGGUAGCUGAGUUUUUGGGAUAUUUUAUUGUGGGUAUUGACACUAAUUAGCUCUAGGAAAUGACACAUUUACUAUAGUCCCGUUAGCAGUAGCUUGUUAUCAUGUAACUGCUGCCAAUUAGCGAACACAUGUCUCCUUAUAUUCGUUAUUGUUUGGGUCGCUACAGCGCAUCUCGUCCAACGGCCAUGAUACUUGUGAUGACUUAUAAUUAAGUUGAUGCAUCUAACUGCCCUCUCGUAUGAAAUAUUAUUGUCCGUGACAUUGACCAAUAAGAAUUUCAUGUGAUAGUUUCUACAUCGAAGCAAAAUGAUAUAUAUGAUAAUGAUAUAUAUUUUUACGUUAUUUCAAAAGAAUAUAAAUAAAUGUACAAAAUCUCCAACUUAAUCUUUGUACAUAUUUGAAGAGCCGACGUGUCUAGUCCCAGCAUAUCAAGGAAUGCCGUGUAAUUUCGCUGUGCAAUAAUCAAAUACUUUUUAUCUCAUUUUAUUUAACUGAUUUUAUUAUGAUUGUUCCACGAAACACGCGAAUGUGUUCAACGACUAACGCACAUGCUUAUUGCAUAUGAUUUUACAUUACCGCGAAUAACCACAGUGAGCGCUGCUGACAAUGGGAUUUUUGUUGAUUAGAGUUUGAUGUUAUUUUCUGUUCAGUGAUUAUCUUGAUGUUCUCUUGGAGAACAAUAAACUCUUUAAAGCACAUUAUAUGACGAGCGACUUUAGAGUGAUUGGUCUCAAAUUUGUGGCUACAUUUAUGUUCAAUUAAAAAAUUAGGCCAUUGAAGGAAUAUUUUAUAACGGCAGCAAAAUUUGAAAACAUAUUUACUUGAAGAGCAUUUGUGUCGUGCUCGAGGGCAUGUUGCGUUAUCUUAUGUAUUUCGGCUCAAAUAGAAUGUGGUAUUCAUGUUGCGGCUGUUCUUACACUGUGUGUGUUCACAAAGCAGCAGCAGAGCCCAGGUUGUGAUAUGUCUUCUCACGUGUAGCUUCCAAACGACUACCUAGUGUAAUAGUAAGUGCAAUUGAAGUGCCAUCCAAAAUACCAGAGCUAAGUUAAUGAUAAUGUAAAAAUUUCGAAAUUUAGUGUCGGUUUUCUAUUUUUCUGCAUGGAUAUUUUUCUAUUUUUCUGCAUGGGUAGGCAGCUUCACUUAUUACUCAUGCUUUCAAUGGAACACUUUAGUCUUCCAUUAAGGGUCAAGAGCGAGACUUCUUGUGUCUUGAGUUUUUACUGAUUGUGUUCCUAGCUCACUUUUAAUGUGUGCAGGCGCUAUUAAUAGUUUUUAUUCAGAAAUCUGAUUUGUUUAAGUAGAUAUUCGUGCUGCUGGCUUUACACGAAACGCUCAACUCACGAAAGGCCAAUGUUACUUAACAAUUAUAUAUAUUUUUAUUUUUAAAGAACGACAUAAAUGAACACAAUUCCUACCGUUGUAAUUAUGAGGUAAUGAUGAUGAUUUAUGUUGCUCUCUUGACGAUGUCAAUGAAUAUUUCACAAAGCUUUGCCAUUAGUUCAUUAACGGUGUGUGGGAUCUGUUGCUUUUUUUGUUGAUUUUAUAUCUUAAGAAUUCUAAUCAAUACAUGACAAUAUAUUGAUCUUUGCUCGCCAUUGAAAUAAGCGGUGAGGUGACAGGCAUCGUAUCUCUUCUAUUUCUCGAGACCAAAAAAAUUUCAUUUUCUUAAUGUUGUGCCAAUUUCAAUUCAUGUCGUAAUUGCCGUGUGAUAUUCUUUCUUCCAGUCACUGUCCUAUGUACAAGUAACGAGUAUUCUUCCAUCAAACAAUGAGAGUUUGUUGUACACGAGGUGAUUAGUAUCAUUUUUGUAGCUUAUUGAUACGAUAUAACCUGCAAAGCAUCUUAGGACAAUUGCCUUUAUACUGUCGUCUUCCACCUCUAAUCCUAGUGCUCUUCAGAAUACACCUUAAAUGUGAGCAGUUCUGUUGUGUGAUCAGUGCAUUUAUUACGGUUUAUUAAUAUUUUAAACUUUGGAAUAGUAGAGAACUAUGAACAAUAAAUGUAGCACAAGUAUAGUGUAUUUAAUGA